AUGUCUGUUCUUACUAGGUAUAUUCCAGCUGUUAGGACAUUAGCUUCGUUAACUAGGCUUCAACUGAGGGCUUAUGCUUCUUAUCCUCCUCAUACGAUUAUUAACAUGCCAGCUCUUUCUCCAACUAUGACGCAAGGUAAUUUGGCCGUUUGGAGUAAGAAGGAGGGUGACAGUUUGAGCCCAGGAGAGGUGAUUGCUGAGGUUGAGACGGAUAAGGCUCAGAUGGACUUUGAAUUCCAGGAGGAGGGGUAUCUAGCUAAGAUUUUGGUUCCCGAGGGAACCAAGGAUAUUCCUGUGAACAAACCAAUUGCUGUUUAUGUUGAGGAAGAGGGCGAUGUUGCUGCUUUUUCAGAUUUUAAAUUGGAAAAACCAGAUGCAGCUUCUUCUCCAGCUGCAGCACCUGCAGCCAAGGAGGAGCCAAAGACAGAGGAAGUAGCUGUAGCGUCGUCUGACAGCUCUGUUCCAAGGAAGGCCAGCUCUGGCUCUGGUGCUCAGGGCUCUUCUCUUUCUGGUAGAAUCAUUGCUUCUCCAUUGGCCAAGACCAUUGCUUUGGACAAGGGUGUUUCCUUGAGGGAAGUCACCGGCACCGGUCCAAACGGCAGAAUUACAAAGCAAGACGUCGAGGCAUAUUUAGCUAACGCUCCUAAGAAAACUUCGACUACUCCAUCAGGUACUUCCGCUUCCGCUUCCGCUUCUUAUGAAGACAUCCCAAUCUCUAACAUGAGAAGGGUGAUUGGUUCCCGUCUUUUGCAAUCCACUCAAAGCAUUCCAUCUUACAUCGUCUCUUCGCAAAUCUCAGUCUCCAAGUUGAUGAAGUUGAGACAGUCCUUGAACUCGGUAGGUAAAGACCAGUUCAAAUUGUCUAUCAACGACAUUUUAAUCAAGGCUAUUGCCUCUGCUGCCAAGAAGGUGCCUGAGUCCAAUGCCUACUGGUUAGAAGACGAGGGUGUUAUCAGAACAUUUAACAAUGUCGACGUUUCUGUCGCUGUCGCCACCCCAACUGGCUUACUCACUCCCAUCGUUAAGAACGCCGAAUCCAAGGGCUUGCGUGCCAUCUCUGCCGAAAUCAAGGACUUAGGCAAGCGUGCUAAGGAAAACAAGCUACUACCAGAGGAAUUCCAGGGCGGUACCAUCUGUAUCUCAAACUUGGGCAUGAACAACGCCGUCUCUUCUUUCACCUCAAUUAUCAACCCACCACAAUCCACCAUCUUGGCCAUCGGUACCUUACAACGUGUGGCUGUUGAAGACGCUGGCGCUGAAUUCGGCUUCUCCUUCGACGACAAGAUUACCAUCACAGGUACCUUUGAUCACAGAACCAUCGAUGGCGCCAAGGCCGCAGAGUUUAUGAAAGCGUUGAAAAACGUCAUCGAAAACCCAUUGGAAUUGAUGUUAUAA